UGCAGGGUUUUAAUUGAUGUACAAGAUGGCAAGAACCAGCCACAGCAACUAUGUCCUUCAGCAGCUAAACAACCAAAGAGAGUGGGGCUUUCUGUGCGACUGCUGUAUUGCUAUCGACGAUAUUUAUUUUCAAGCACAUAAAGCAGUCCUUGCUGCAUGCAGCUCCUAUUUUAGGAUGUUUUUUAUGAACCAUCAACACACUACAGCCCAGCUGAAUCUAAGCAACAUGAAGAUUAGCGCUGAAUGCUUCGAUCUUAUUUUGCAGUUCAUGUAUUUAGGAAAGAUUAUGACAGCCCCUGCCAAUUUUGAGCAAUUUAAAGUGGCCAUGAACCAUUUACAGCUAUAUAAUGUACCUGAGUGUCUAGAAGAUAUACAGGAUACAGACUCAUCUAGUUUAAAAUGUUCAUCUUCUGCUUCUAGCACCCAGAAUAGUAAAAUGAUAUUUGGCGUGAGAAUGUAUGAAGACACGCUCGCUAGAAAUGGCAGCGAAGCAAACAGGUGGGGCAUGGAGCCGCCAAGUUCAACAGUAAAUACAUCCCAUAACAAAGAGCCUGAUGAAGAAGCUUUGCAACUCAACAGCUUCCCCGAACAACUGUUUGAUGUCUGCAAAAAAAGCACCAUGUCCAAGUUUUCUCACACAAAGGAGCGCGUGUCCCACUCGCGCCGUUUUGGAAGAAGCUUCACCUGCGACAGCUGCGGGUUUAGUUUUAGCUGUGAGAAGCUACUGGAUGAGCACGUGUUAACGUGCAAUAACAGGCAUUCUUACCAAAGUGCCAGGUACUACAGUGCUGAAAAAAUAGACUUUAACGAGAAGGACUCUACUUCUAAAAUAAUUUCCGCACAAACAGAAAAAUACAAGGGGGACUCGAGCCAAGCUGCGGAUGAUUCUUCAUCUCCCAUGUCAAACAUCACGAGCAGAAAAAGCAGCACAGUUGCCUCUGAGACAUCAGGUGAAGAAGGAAGCAGAGCCUCUGAGAGGAAGAGGAUCAUCAUCAAGAUGGAACCAGAGGACAAUACUACAGAAGAACUGAAGGAUUUUAACAUUAUUAAGGUGACAGAUAAAGACUGCAAUGAGUCUUCUGACAACGAUGACCUGGAUGAUGAACAGGAAGAGCCACUUUACAGAUACUAUGUUGAGGAAGAACUCAGAGAGAAGAGAAAUGCCCGGAAGACUUUAAAACCCCGUUUAUCCAUGGAUGAGGAUGAAAGAAAGUGUUUGAAAAGUCCGCGGCACCUGAGCAGGAAGGCUCCUUCAGUGCAGGAAGAUGUAGAAAAUGCUCCUUGUGAACUUUGUGGGCUAACAAUUACCGAGGAAGAUUUGUCCUCUCAUUACUUAUCCAAACACAUAGAAAAUAUAUGUGCUUGUGGCAAGUGUGGUCAAAUACUGGUCAAAGGCAAGCAGUUACAGGACCAUGCACAGACCUGUGGAGAACCCCAGGAUCUGACCAUGAACGGUAUCAGAAAUUCUGAGGAGAAAAUGGACUUGGAAGAAAACCCCGAGGAACAGUCAGAAAUAAGGGACAUGAUGUUUGCAGAGAUGCUGGAGGACUUCAGGGACAGUCAUUUCCAAAUGAACAGCCUUCAAAAAAAGCAGUUAUACAAGCAUUCUGCCUGUCCUUUCCGAUGCCCCAACUGCGGUCAGCGUUUUGAAACAGAAAACCUAGUGGUUGAACAUAUGUCAAGCUGCCUGGAGCAAGAUCUGUUCAAGAACUCCAUGAUGGAAGAGAACGAGAGGGAUCACAGACGUAAGCAUUUCUGCAAUCUUUGUGGGAAAGGAUUUUAUCAGCGUUGCCACUUGCGGGAACACUAUACCGUUCACACCAAGGAAAAACAGUUUGUUUGUCAGACAUGUGGGAAGCAGUUCUUAAGAGAGCGCCAGUUGCGGCUCCACAAUGAUAUGCACAAAGGCAUGGCCAGUAGUGAAAUAGGGACUUCUAAGCUUCUGAACAACUGAGAGAACCAGGUUUGAAGAAGACAUGAGGAAGAACUGGUCGGCAAAAGAUUUCAUAAAAACUCAGAACCACGUGUGCCAGAUCUGAACUGGCACCACC